CUCAUUACGCAACGCAGACAGUAGUCCUAUUUGUUUCUAUAACAUUGUAUUACUUUUUUAUUUUUUAUUUUAUUUUGAAGUAUAAAGAUUAUAAUACAUUUGUGUAGUCUUUAAGAACAGUGAUAAAAAUUGUUUAGCGCGAAAAGAGACUUUAUCACAAGCUUGUUGAAGAGACAACCGUCUAACUAUCCAAUGGAGUGCCUGUAAUCCUCCCCAACUCCGUUCCAGCAUUUACCGAGAAUCUCUCUUUCUGUCAGGCUUUUUCGUUUCCCUCUCUUUUUAUUACCGCAAUCUCGGGAUGCGGGUGUUCCUGUUCGCUGCGACGGUAUUUUUCACGCACAAGCUCACCGGGUCUGGUGCCGGCUCCGAGUCCAGCUCCAAAAAGUGUUCCUCCCAGUGCGACGUGAGCGCGUGUCCUAGUCCGAACUGCCCCAGCGGGUAUGUCCCAGACCGGUGCAACUGUUGCCUGGUGUGUUCCCGGGGCGAGGAUGAACUCUGUGGCCGGAAAAACGACCGUCCGUGUGGGGACGGCUUAGAGUGUAGGUCCCCUAACGGUCCUAACAAAGGCCCGCCGGGGAAGCGAAGCUCCAAGCGGAGGCUGUGUCAGUGUAAGAUGGGGUAUAAGGUGUGUGGUAGCGACGGAAAGACGUACGGGAACGUGUGUCGGAUGAAGGCUGCCAGCCGGAAAGCUCUUCAGAAGGAAAGGGAGGCCAUCACCCAAACACACAAGGGACCCUGUCCAUCAGGUCCUGCUCCUGGCCAUCCCAACAGCCCCAGAUACAAGUUCAACUUCAUAGCUGACGUGGUGGAAAAGAUGGCUCCUGCUGUGGUUCACAUAGAGCUCUUCCUCAGACAUCCUCUAUUUGGUCGCCAUGUCCCUCUGUCUAGUGGUUCUGGGUUCAUCAUCAGCCACUCCGGACUCAUCGUAACCAACGCUCACGUGGUAACCGCUGCUGCCACGGUAACGGGCCGACCGCAGCUUCGCGUGCAGCUCCAUGACGGGGGAGCGUACGAGGCCACGGUCCGGGACGUCGACAGGAAGUCGGAUAUCGCCACCAUCAAAGUCAACCCUCAGAAGAAGCUUCCUGUUCUGUCUCUGGGUCGGUCAUCUGAUCUGAGACCAGGGGAGUUUGUGGUUGCCAUCGGCAGCCCCUUCGCCCUCCAGAAUACCGUUACCACGGGGAUUGUGAGCACGGCCCAGAGAGAUGGGAAGGAGCUGGGCAUCAGAGACUCAGACAUAGACUACAUUCAGACUGACGCUAUCAUCAAUUAUGGUAACUCAGGAGGACCUCUGGUUAACUUGGACGGGGAGGUGAUAGGCAUCAAUACUCUCAAGGUGACAGCAGGAAUCUCCUUCGCCAUUCCUUCAGACCGGAUCAGACGCUUUCUCACUGAGUCACAGCACAACAAACACAGUGCAGGUAACCACAGAAUGCUGAGUGGUCAUUACCGUAUUCCAGAACCCCAGUCAGAUGCAGUAACAACAGGAGUGAAGAAGAAGCGUCUGAUUGGCAUUAAGAUGCUCACUGUCACAGAUGGUCUCGUGGAGGAGAUGAAGAGGCAGAAUCCUGACUUCCCUGAUGAUGUCACCAGUGGAGUGUUGGUCCAUCAGGUUAUACCGGAGUCCCCCGCACACAGGGGCGGGAUUGAGGCCGGUGACGUGAUCCUCAAGCUGAACGGCCGCCCACUCAGGACCACCGACGAGCUGCAGGGGGCGUUGCUAGGCGACGGGCCCCUCCUCCUGGAGGUUCGUCGCGGCGACGACGAGCUGCUUUUCCACAUAGAGCCCCACGUCGUCAUGCAGUGAGGAGGCGGAGUCAUGGACCAGAGUUGUUUUUGUUUUUUCAGAGUUGGGGAGGGGGGUCAAUUCCAAUUAAAAAGAUAGUCAAAGUCAAUGCAGGAAGUGAUUUCGAUUUAAACUAAAUAAAUCUCUUUUACGUUUCAGUUUAUUGAGAAGUCGUUGAAAAUAAAUGGCCUUUUUGCAAUUGGAAUUUAAAUUUAGGACGUGAAUUGACCUGCCUUCAGUUGGAAUUCAGAACGACCCUGUUUUACUGUUGUUAUGUGUAGUGACUGUGUUCUCUGUGGUGACUGGGCUGCACUCACUACUACUAUGUUCCCUACCUAUAGUGGACACUAUGUUCCCUACCUAUAGUGGACACUAUGUUCCCUACCUAUAGUGGACACUAUGUUCCCUACCUAUAGUGGACACUAUGUUCCCUACCUAUAGUGGACACUAUGUUCCCUACCUAUAGUGGACACUAUGUUCCCUACCUAUAGUGGACACUAUGUUCCCUACCUAUAGUGACUGUGUUCUCUGUGGUGACUGGGCUGCACUCACUACAGAUGUACUGCCUGCAUAUUCCCUACCUAUAGUGGACACUAUGUUAUAAUCCCUACCUGUAGUGACUGUGUUCUCUGUGGUGACUGGGCUGCACUCACUACAGAUGUACUGCCUGCUUAAUCCCUACCUAUAGUGGACACUAUGUUCCCUACCUAUAGUGGACACUAUGUUAUAAUCCCUACCUGUAGUGGACACUAUGUUCCCUACCUAUAGUGGACACUAUGUUCCCUACCUGUAGUGGACACUAUGUUCCCUACCUACAGUGGACACUAUGUUCCCUAACUAUAGUGGACACUAUGUUCCCUACCUAUAGUGGACACUAUGUUCCCUACCUAUAGUGACUGUGUUCUCUGUGGUGACUGGGCUGCACUCACUACUACUAUGUUCCCUACCUAUAGUGGACACUAUGUUCCCUACCUAUAGUGACUGUGUUCUCUGUGGUGACUGGGCUGCACUCACUACUACUAUGUUCCCUACCUAUAGUGACUGUGUUCUCUGUGGUGACUGGGCUGCACUCACUACAGAUGUACUGCCUGCAUAUUCCCUACCUAUAGUGGACACUAUGUUAUAAUCCCUACCUGUAGUGACUGUGUUCUCUGUGGUGACUGGGCUGCACUCACUACAGAUGUACUGCCUGCUUAAUCCCUACCUAUAGUGGACACUAUGUUCCCUACCUAUAGUGGACACUAUGUUAUAAUCCCUACCUAUAGUGACUGUGUUCUCUGUGGUGACUGGGCUGCACUCACUACUACUAUGUUCCCUACCUAUAGUGACUGUGUUCUCUGUGGUGACUGGGCUGCACUCACUACAGAUGUACUGCCUGCAUAUUCCCUACCUAUAGUGGACACUAUGUUCCCUAACUAUAGUGGACACUAUGUUCCCUACCUAUAGUGGACACUAUGUUCCCUACCUGUAGUGGACACUAUGUUCCUUACCUAUAGUGGACACUAUGUUCCCUACCUAUAGUGGACACUAUGUUCCCUACCUGUAGUGGACACUAUGUUCCCUACCUAUAGUGGACACUAUGUUCCCUACCUAUAGUGGACACUAUGUUCCCUACCUAUAGUGGACACUAUGUUCCCUACCUAUAGUGGACACUAUGUUCCCUACCUAUAGUGGACACUAUGUUCCCUACCUAUAGUGGACACUAUGUUCCCUACCUAUAGUGGACACUAUGUUCCCUACCUAUAGUGGACACUAUGUUCCCUACCUGUAGUGGACACUAUGUUCCCUACCUAUAGUGGACACUAUGUUCCCUACCUAUAGUGGACACUAUGUUCCCUACCUGUAGUGCUUGUAACCAGGGCCCUAGAGCCAAUCGGUUGCCUAUCAACCACAUAGUUUAGCCUGGUUGCUAGGCGGUUGCUAGGCGGUUGCAAGGUCAUUUCUGAUAUAUGUAUGUCCAAAUGUAUUCCUUAUGUAGUGCACUACUUUGGACUAGGACCCUACAUAGUGAACUAGUUCCCUAUUCCUUAUGUAGUGCACUACUUUGGACCAGGACCCUACAUAGUGAACUAGAGCCUUAUUCCUUAUGUAGUGCACGACUUUGGACCAGGACGCUACAUAGUGAACUAGAGCCUUAUUCCAUAUGUAGUGUACUACUUUGGACUAGGACCCUACAUAGUGAACUAGAGCCUUAUUCCAUAUGUAGUGUACUACUUUGGACCAGGACCCUACAUA